UUUAGUUUCAAUCAGUGAAACAUUAUGUAGUCAAAAACAUAAUUCAAAGACAUAUUUUUAUGAAUAAAAUAACAAAUUAAAUAAAAAUAAUAAAAAUGUAUUAUAUUUAUUUUCACUUAAAUUUUCACUCUAUAUAAUUAUUUUACUAAAUAAAAAAAUCUUUCUAUUUCACUUAAUUUAGCCAAACACAUAGAAAUAGUCUCUUUUAUUAGUUUAUAAAAUCAAUUAGGCAUGAACAUUGGCUAUCCAUUUAGGUAUGAGUUGUUCUUUUUGGGUAUCGUCUUUUUUUUUUUGAAGUUAGGUCACGCUUGAAUAUUAUAAAUUUAUGUGAGUUUUGAGUUGAGUCUUUUUGGGUCUAGAUGAGUUCGAUUCUUAUGUAUACAAACCUACAAAAUAUCUAAAUAACAAAUAUAUCUGAAACGAGUGCGGAUGUUUAUACCAAAAAUAAUCAUAUUACCCGAUUCGGUCUAGAUCUUUUUGAAUACAAUUAGUUAUAUUACGACUCAUUUAAAAUAUAUAACACUGAUUAUGAAAAAUAAAUAUCAAUAUAUAAAAAUGUAAGAAUUAAUAUCAGUACCUAUCAAUAUCUAGUGUUAAUUAUGAAUUAAAUCUUAGUAUAAUCUUAUUUAUUUUGCUUCUUCACAUGCAUUUAAUCAACGAAUACUUCAUCAUGCUCAUAUUUCAUCAUGCAUCCUUACUUUACAAUAAUUCUUAUUUUAUUGAUUUUAUACUCUUCCCUGUUUAUUUAAAUUUACUCUGUGUUGCUCUGUUUUACUCUUUUUGCUCUGUUUAGGUUUGUUAGUCCGGUUUAUUAAAUUGUCAAACUUCUCUAGUGUCGCUGAUAUCAUAUGCCUUAAGGAGACAAGAUCUGAUGGCUUUGCAUUACAAUCUUUUAUAAAAUGAUAUUUGGUCAUUCAUGAAGGGUUAGUUGUAUAUAAGAUGUGAUUGAUAUUCAAGAAAAAUGCAAAAUAGUAUUUAAUAUAAACCAAAAAGAUGAAUGUGCACGAGGGAUUCUGCACCUUAUUGGUUUUGUUUAAAGCAAAUCCAGUAAGGCUUGUCUACUUUGAGUUGAUGAUAACAGCACCAUUCAUGCAUAUAUUCACUCUCAAAACCUCAUGUGCAACCAGUAGCUAUUAAGUAUAUUACAGAUCAUGACACAACUAAAAUACUUGAAAGAGAUCAAAUUCUGCAGUGUAGGAGGCAGACAAGAUCUGCAGCAGCCUUCAAAAGAUCAAGAUUAUAAGCUGGUGCAACAAGUGGUGCUGAUACCAUAUGCCUCAAAGAAACAAGCCCAGCUGACUUUGCAUUACAAUCUUUUAUAAAAUCAUUUCAUGUGAUCAAAUCUGAAUCAUAUAUUUCUCUUAUGCACAUUGGAUGAUGCGUUAGGGUGAAUGGUUGGAGGGAGACAUUUCACAAACAUCGUUUUCUAUGAUUCAAAAUUUGAACUACCUAAAGAUUCCUUAUAUAUUGAUUGACCAGAAAGCCAAUGGAAACAGAACAACCAUUUCUUCAUCUCAGGCAAGAGAAAGAAAGAUCAAACAAAAAUGUCUAUUUCUUUCCAUGCUCGUUCUAACAGUGUUCCCUCUAUGCAACAUCCACAAGCUGCUCAUGUUGAUGAGCAGUUGACCAGAUUGAGAUCUUCUGAGGCAGCCUCUUCAUCUUCCAGCUCUUCUAUUUACCAAAGACUAAGCAACCUUCAAGACUUACAUGACUCUCUUGACAAGAUGCUUCGCCUAUCUAUCACCAACAAGGCUUUAUCUCAGGUUCAGGUUGAGAAGCUUCUUGAUGGAUCCCUCAGGAUCUUGGAUUUGUGCAAUGUGGCCAAGGACGCUUUGUCACAGAUGAAAGAAGGUCUCAAGGAGAUCCAAUCUAUUCUAAGAAGAAAGCGUGGAGAUUUAUCAGCAGAGGUCAAGAAAUACUUAGCCACAAGAAAGUUCUUGAAGAAGUCAUUCCAAAAAGUAGUCAAGAAUUUGAAAGUGAGCCAAAACAAAGAGAGCACCGAUAAAUCUUUGGUUGUGUUUGGAGAAGCAGAAGCCAUAACAGUUGGUGUCUUUGAACGUAUGUUUUGCUUCAUGUCCGGAUCUAAGGCUUGUGGAAAAUGGUCAUUGGUCACAAAACUCAUGAGCCAGACCAAAUCUACAUGUGAAGAUGAAGCAAAUGAAUUCACAAGAUUGGACUUUGUGUUUGAAUCCGGGAAGUUACUUAAUAUGGAAGAUGUGCAGUUGCUAGAGUCGUGCAUUCAAGAUCUUGAAGAUGGAACUGAGUCACUCUCAAAGUCAAUGAUUAAAUACAGAGUCUCACUUCUUAAUAUCUUAUAGAUCAUAUCGGCUAUAAAAUUUUGUAACAGAAAUUUAAAUGAGAUCAGAAACAAACAUAAACUU